GCAUUAACUUUAUAAUAAAGACUGCAUUCCUGCAUCGGGAAGGUCAAAGGUUUUGCAGUAAAAGAGGUCUGAAAGGAGAGAGAGAUUCAAAAUAUGCAGGUAAUAGCCUCUUCCUUACUGUUGCUCUCCAUCAUUGUUGGGUCACACGCACGGCUUCAACGUAAUUCAAAAAGAGAAACCAAAGAUGAACGAAAAAAAGUGAAUACUCUUUUUGAGGACUUAGCAGAAGCUGAGAAUCCUAUCAAAUUACGCAGUAUCUGCGAUGUUAACUAUGUGAAAGUCGGAUGCUUCAAAGAAGACACCAGCGACAGAGCGCUUUCACAGGAACUUUUCCAAGACAGGAUACCAAGCGAGCCAAAUUACAGUGGACAAGAGGUGAACUGGGGCGACUACAGUACAUACCUCAAAAGUCUGGCAUGCCGCUGCGCCAAAAGCAGUGCCCAGAACGGUUCUACUUACUUUGGUCUCCAAGACUACGGACGAUGCUUCAGUGAUCCACAUGCCUCUACAAGUUACAGCACGCAUGGAGACUCGAGCAGUUGCUCUAAUCAAUACCACCAGCCGUGUGAUGACAAUGCUUACGGGCAGUGCGUAGGGAAAAACCAACAAGAGAAUUACAUAUACAAAAUCAUGGAUGAUGGCAGUGGUAAUGGCGAGAUUGAUUACGGCAACGCAUACGACCAAGUGGACCUUAAAGACUUGAAUACUUACAAUUAGCCAAAUCCUGAUGGUAGAUAAACCCUCUUAAUUACAUUGUUAUCCUCCUUUUGUUCUUAGCCAGGCAUCGAGCUAUUUGCAUUCUGGAAUGUUCUUUUUUUUCAUUUACACUGGUGUUGACGAAUGACUUUUAAGAUCAUUCAAUCAUCUCUUUGCUGUGUAAGGAUGUUUAAAUAAAC